GCCGCCAUCCCGCCGGGGCGGAGCCGGCAGCUGGAGCCGCAGUUUAGAAGCCGAAGCGCUCCCAGCCAUGGACCCGGGGUCCCGGGGAGCAUGGGGGGCGCCGGCGUUGCUGCUGCUGCUGCUGUGGCCGGGGCCGGGGCCUGAGGCUCUUCAAGGAGAUGCCCUUGGAGAGCCAACCACCCCCUACUGGGUCCUGGAUGGACAGCCAUGUCAUGAGGUCUCCUGGGAGGAGUCGGUCUCAAAGUUAGACGUGGGGCUGGUGGCCUUGGAGGCUGAAGGCCAGGAGCUCCUGCUUGAGCUGGAGAAGAACCAGCUGCUGGCCGCUGGAUACAAAGAAACCCACUACAGCCCAGGUGGGCAGCCAGUGGUGCUGGUCCCCAAACACACGAAUCACUGCUACUACCACGGGCGCGUGAGGGGCUACCCGGACUCCUGGGUAGUCCUCAGCACCUGCUCCGGAAUGAGCGGCCUGAUCGUGCUCAGCACCAAUGCCAGCUAUUACCUGCAACCCUUCCCACCUGGCGUCUCCAAGGGCUCCUGGACCCACAAGAUCUUCCGGACAGAGAAGCGGCUCAGCUGGAAAGGGGCCUGUGGCCACAGGGACUCCAGUGACAAAAAGGACACUGCUGGCCUUCCUCAUGCCCCCCAGAGCAGGGAGAUGCGAGAGGCCCGAAGGAGCCCGAAGUACCUGGAGCUGUACAUAGUGGCUGACCACACCUUGUUCUUGACCCAGCACCAGAACUUGAACCACACCAAACAGCGUCUCCUAGAGGUCGCCAACUAUGUGGACCAGUUCCUCAGGACUCUGGACAUUCGCGUGGCACUUACCGGCCUGGAAGUGUGGACAGAGCAGGACCUGAGUCGCAUCACGCCGGACGCGAACGCCACGCUCUGGGCCUUCCUGCAGUGGCGUCAGGGGCUGUGGGAGCUCCGGCCACACGACUCCACGCAGCUGCUCACGGGCCGCGCCUUCUGGGGCACCACCGUGGGACUGGCGCCCGUCGAGGGCAUGUGCCGCGUGGAGACCUCGGGAGGUGUGAGCACGGACCACUCGGAGCUCCCCAUUGGCGCUGCAGCCACCAUGGCCCACGAAAUAGGCCACAACCUCGGCCUCAGCCACGAUCCCGACGGCUGCUGCGUGGAGGCCCUGGCAGAGCAGGGCGGCGGCUGCAUCAUGGCAGCGGCCAUGGGGCGCCCCUUUCCGCAAGUGUUCAGCGCCUGCAACCGCCGCCAGCUGCGUGCCUUCUUCCGCAAGGGGGGCGGCGCGUGCCUCUCCAACGCCCCAGACCCUCGGCUCCUGGUGCCGCGGGCGCGAUGCGGGAACGGCUUCGUGGAGGCGGGAGAGGAGUGCGACUGCGGCGCCCUCCAGGAGUGCCGGGAGCCCUGCUGCCUCGCCCACAACUGCACGCUGCGGGCUGGGGCCCAGUGCGCCCACGGGGACUGCUGCGCGAGCUGCCUGCUGAAGCCAGCCGGCGCACUGUGCCGCCAGGCCACGGGCGACUGUGACCUCCCCGAGUUCUGCACGGGCGCCUCCCCGCACUGUCCCCCAGAUGUUUACGUACUGGAUGGCUCGCCCUGCUCCAGGGGCCGAGGCUACUGCAGAGAUGGUGUGUGUCCCACGCUGGAGCAGCAGUGCCGGCAGCUCUGGGGGCCUGGCUCCCGCCCAGCUCCGGAGGCCUGUUUCCAGGUUGUGAACUCCGCGGGGGACGCCCACGGGAACUGUGGCCAAGACAGCCAGGGCCGCUUUGUGCCUUGCGCACAGAGGGAUGCCCAGUGUGGGAAGCUGCAGUGCCAGGGUGGGGAGCAGAGCCCACGCAUGCCACACACAGUGCCUGUGGACUCCACCAUCAGCUUAGACGGCAGUGAGAUGACCUGUAGGGGAGUUUUUGCCUUCUCUGGGGCCCAGCUGGACCUGCUUGACUUGGGCCUAGUAGAGAUGGGCACCCAGUGUGGACCUAGAAUGGUGUGCCAGGACAGGCGCUGCCAGAAUGCUACCUUCCAGGAGCUGGAGCAUUGUCUGGCAACAUGCCAUGCCCAUGGGGUUUGCAAUAGCAACUACAACUGUCACUGUGCUCCGGGCUGGGCGCCACCCUCCUGCGACGAGCCAGGGUUUGGAGGCAGCAUAGACAGUGGCCCUGUACAGCCUGAAAAUCACAAUGCCUUCCUGAUGGCCAUGAUCUUCAGCUUCCUGCUGCCUCUGCUCCCUGGGGCUGGCCUGGCCUGGUGCUGCUACCGGUGCCGGGGAUCCUGUCUCCAGCAGCACCUCUGGGGCAGGAGGAGGGGUCCUGCUGUCAGUGGACCCAAAGCUGGCCCAUGCAGGGACUACCCGCUGGGCAGCAUUCACCCCCUGGAGCUGGGCCCGACAGCCAGUGGAGUGCCCCGGUCCCUGGACCUUGAGAACUCCACCACAACCCAACAGCCACCCUGAGAAGCCUGUGCCCUGUAGCCCUGCCUGCACCCCUAAGCAGGUUAAGUCCAGGAACCAAGAUUCUGUUUCUGGUGAGAGGUGACUCCUGAGAUGAGAAGACUCUAAGACAGGUGGCCUCUGAUAUACGCUCCAGGAGCUUGGGCCCCCAAGAGUACAGCCAGGGAGUCAGCUGAUCUCCUGUACCUUCAGGCAGCUGGAAUGUUUCUUCCCCCAGCAGAGCCCUGCCCCAUCCACUCCGAGAACCCAGAGCACUGCCAGAAGUUGCCUUAUGGUGUCCUUGCCCCUUGAGGCUGGGGGACCCACCAGGAUACACCCUCCAGCCCAGGAACCUAUCGGUCCAAGUAGGGAAGGUCCCAUAGUCACCAACCUACCUCACCAGGGAAGGCUGGGUCAUGCUGGGCACUCAGAGACCUCUGUCCUGAGAGCCUGGGUGUGCCUGAUUCAUGCACUGCCCCCAGGUCCAGCACUGCGGAGGGCAGGGACUGCUGGGCCAGAAGCUGGGACUCUGGGGCCUACAUUUCAGAUCUUGGUCCAUCCUGCCCCGCAAACGAACAAAAGAACAAACAAGCACACUUUAGGACCUUCCCUUCUGCCCUGUCUUGUCCUCCUGGGUACUUCCUUAGCCUUUCAUCCCAUUCCUAAUCCUGCACUUGAGGUUUUGGGAAAGUGUGGGGUCUGCCACAGCCCUCUCACUUUGGACAUGACUCAGCUCCUCUCCAUUUCUUGGGAGGGGAGAGAAGAAACCAGCCAUUUCAGAAAGGACACCAGAAUAGAAGUAAACUUGGCUAGGCCAUGAUUCCCAGUAUUGUGUGAUUAUUCACCCUUUUGGCAUCUGAUGUGACUUUCCUAUGUGUUGUAAAUCCUACCUCUGUGAUGUUAAUGAGGCAGGAUUAGAGGCAGUUAUGUUAAGAAGCAGGACUCAAUCUAUAAGAUUAGAUUGUAUUUUGAGUCAAUCUCUUUUGAGAUAUUAAAGAGAGAAUCGAGCAGAGACAGGGGACCUCAUACCACCAAGAAACAAGAGCCAGGAGAAUAGAGCAUCCUGUGGACCUGGAGUGGCUGCACUGGGAAGCUCCUUGACCAGAAAAGAUUGAUGAUGAGGACCUUCCCCCAGAGCCGACAUAGAGGGAAAACGUUCCCCUGGAGCUGGUACCCUGAAUAUGGACUUCUAGCCUCCUAGACUGUGAGAGAAUUCAUUUCUGUUUGUUAAAGCCAGCCACUUGUGGUAUUUCUGUUUAUAGCAGCACUAUAUAACUAAGACAGGCAUACAUAUGUACAUAUGAGAAAGACAAAUAGCAAAGUAGUAACUGAGGGGUAGUAAGAAUAGGAUUAUAGGUAGACACAGGAAUUGGUAGGAGACACAAGGGUCUUUAACUCUAUUUAUAAUGGUUAAUUUCUUUUUUUAUUAUAAAUUUACUGCGCUUUAAGUAAAAGUUUAAAAAUCAAGUCACUCUCUCAUACAAAAAGUUAUAUACACCUUGCUAUGUACUCCUAGCUGCUGUCCCCCUAAUGAGACAUCACAUUUCUUCUCUCCUCCCAUAUUCCCUGUGUCUAUAAUGGUUUAUUUCUUACACCAUCAGUCUUCAGUUUGUCAUACUGUGGUGGCUUCUAUGUUGCUAUGAUGCUGGAAGCUAUGCCGCUGGUAUCUCAAAUACCAGCAGGGUCAUCCAUGGUGGACAGGUUUCAGUGGAGCUUACAGACUAAGGAAGACUAGGAAGAAAGGCCUGGUGAUCUAUUUCUGAAAAUCAGCCAAUGAAAACCUAUGGAUCACAACAGAAUACCAUUCAGUAUAGUGCUGGAAGAUAAGCCCUUUAAGCUGGAAGGCACUCAAAAUACACAAUGGCCACAACAAUGAACUUGAGCAUACCACUGAUCGUGAAAUGACAGAAGACCAAGCAACAUUUCAUUCUGUUGUACAUGGGGUCACUGUGAAGCGGAGCCAAGUGCAUGGCAACAAAAAAUAACAUUUCUUACCCAGGACCAUAGGUACUUGAAUGUUACGUUACUCUUCGUGCCUUUUUGUAUAUUUGAAAUAUUAAUAUCUUAUUCUUUUUUAAACUAAUGGCAUUAGUAUCAUAGCUGUAUAGAGUUAGGUCUAAAUUUUGUCUUUAAAAAAUGAAAUGCUAUAGAGAAGUAGGGUUUGAAUCUGUCUGUGUUCUUUCAUUUUUUUCCUACUCACUAGGAUUUUAUUCCAAAUAGCAGGUGUUCUGAGCUUUUCCAUUUCCUGCUCCUCUGUGGAAGAUGAACAUUUCUGCUGUCUCUCAGAGGAUCAGUUCUAACAAAGAAAGUCAUCUGGAUCUGUACCCUGUAAGCCUAAUACCACUAUAUUUGCAUUAAAAGUCUAGACAAAU